UUUACCAACCAUGUUUCAGCAACACAUUUGACGUUGUUACGUCUGACUUCAUUUUGAAGAUCAUGCGCGAUUCACCGUAGUCUAAAGGGGAUAUGAAUUGCAGUUUGACUGUAGAAUCGGACUAAAUCGUCAGAAUCUAACAAAAUCCAAGAUGGUGCUGGAAAGUACAAUGAUUUGUGUGGACAAUAGUGAUUAUAUGAGAAAUGGCGAUUUUCUUCCAACAAGACUUCAAGCUCAGCUAGAUGCAGUCAACUUAGUAUGUCACUCCAAAACUCGUUCCAACGCGGAAAAUAAUGUUGGAUUAAUUACACUUGCAAAUGUCGAAGUAUUAGCCACGUUAACAAGUGAUGUUGGACGUAUUCUAUCAAAGUUGCAUCAAGUACAACCAAAUGGUAAUCUUAAUUUAAUAACUGGCAUCAGAAUUGCACACUUAGCACUUAAACAUCGACAAGGAAAAAAUCAUAAAAUGCGAAUUGUAGCAUUUGUUGGAAGUCCUAUUUUGUUAGAUGAUAAAGAGCUUGUAAAAUUGGCCAAACGAUUGAAGAAGGAGAAAGUCAAUGUUGAUAUUAUUAGUUUCGGUGAAGAAGCCAUUAACAAUGAUAUUUUAACAGCAUUUGUGAAUGCGUUAAAUGGCAAAGAUGGAACAGGAAGUCAUUUAGUAACUGUGCCUCCUGGUCCUCAUUUGUCUGAUGCUUUGAUUUCAUCACCAAUUAUCCAAGGUGAAGAUGGCAUGGGUGGAACAGGAAUGAGCGGUACUGCUUUUGAAUUUGGCGUUGAUCCCAAUGAAGAUCCAGAGUUAGCACUGGCUUUAAGAGUUUCUAUGGAAGAACAACGUCAACGGCAAGAAGAUGAAGCUCGUCGUGCUCAAAUUCGAGACUCUGCAUCAACGCAAUCUGAAACCGUCAAGGAAGCACCAAAUGAUGAAGUUAUGCUGAAACGUGCAUUAGCUAUGUCUCUUGAAGGUUCAGAGGAAGCUGCUAAACCGGCCAAUUCUGGUUCAAAUUCAAGUAAUGCUCCAGAUUUUGCUCAUAUGACAGAAGAAGAGCAAAUUGCUUUUGCAAUGCAAAUGUCUAUGCAAGAUCAACAAGAUUUUGAACCACAAAAAGAAGAAGCUAUGGAAGUAGAAGAUGAUUAUGUUGCUGUCAUGUCAGAUCCUACAUUUUUACAAACGGUUCUGGAAAGCCUUCCUGGUGUUGAUCCUCAAUCAGAAGCAGUGCGACAGGCAGUUAAUUCUCUACAGCAAAGUAAGGAUAAGUCUCAGGAAAAAGACAAGGAUAAAGAUAAAGAUAAAAAUUAAAUUUUAAAUUGGUAAAAAUUACAUAUACUGCUUCAAUAAUCGUUUACUGAUUUUUACUGAUAUAGUUAUUUAAUAAUUCUUGAAUAUGCAGAAUGUAUGUCCAUUGUACUAACGAUGAAAAAAUUUAUUAAAAAUAAAAAAAAUUUUUAUUUCAUUAA